UUUAGACCAUUCUCCUCCACCGACCCGGUGCACCGGGGAAUGCAAAACGAACUCGCCCACUGACAAGCAACCUACGUACACAACCGGCUAGUGGAGGAGAGCUCGAGCCUCGAGUACUUGACAGCAGUGCAUCUGGAAUAAUAAAACAUACACUAUAUUAAAGUUUAGACUACCAACACCAAUGCAAUGUUGCUCCUCAGACACUGCCGAGGCCUAACCAGAGUAGGCCUUCUCAAGACUCAAAGGGUGCAGUUGUUGCAGGGUGCGGUCCCUCCUGUGGCAGUGUGUGUGGGCAGCCUCUGUGCACGCUGGGGCAGCAGUCAUGGGGGGCAGGAGUCAGGGCAGUACCAGCGCAGCCAUGGCCCCAACUGGAGACACGCCCUGGCAGGGCUGCUGGCUGGGACAGGGGCUGUACUGGCCUAUGGCCUCCACCACAGCCAGACUGAGCAGGCAGCCACCACUAUAGUCCAGCCCAUAGCCCCAGCCUCCUCUCUGCCCAUCUACACCCAGGACGAGGUCACCAAGCACCGCUCCGUUGAGGAGGGCGUCUGGGUCACCUACAAGGGCAGCGUCUAUGACAUCACAGAGUUUGUGUCCAUGCACCCUGGCGGUGAUAAGAUCCUGCUAGCAGCAGGUGGGGCUCUGGAGCCCUUCUGGGCGCUGUACGCCGUUCACAGGCAAGACCAUGUGCUGGAGAUCCUGUCAGAGUAUAAGGUGGGUGAGCUGAGUGCGGAGGACUGGCGGAAGCAGCAAAGCGUGAAAUCCACGGAUCCCUACUCCACCGACCCGGAGCGGCACCCUGCCCUGCGCAUCAACAGCCUCAAGCCCUUCAAUGCCGAGCCCCCGCCCGAGAUCCUCUCCGACAACUACAUCACCCCCUCAGCCAUCUUCUUUAAGAGGAACCACCUGCCCGUGCCACAAGUGGACCCGAAAUCCUACCGGCUGCAGGUGGAGGGUCUGCCUGGGGGAGCACCUCUGAGCCUCUCUCUGGAGGAGCUGAAGACACGCUUCCCCAAACACACAGUCACGGCCACGCUGCAGUGUGCUGGCAAUCGCCGCUCGGAGAUGAACAAAGUCAAACAGGUGAAGGGGCUCAACUGGGGCAUUGCUGCGAUAAGUAAUGCUACGUGGAGCGGUGCCAGGCUGAAGGAUGUGCUGCUGGCAGCUGGCUAUAGGCCAGAGGUGGCCCGGCAGACAUGCCACGUUCAAUUUGAAGGACUGGACAGUGACGUGACCGGCACCACCUACGGGGCAUCUAUCCCGCUCAACAAGGCGGUCAGUGAAGAGGGUGACGUGCUGUUGGCGUACCAGAUGAACGGAGAAGACCUACCUGCUGACCAUGGCUAUCCCGUACGGGUGGUGGUGCCGGGAACGGUGGGCGCCCGCAAUGUCAAGUGGCUGGGAAGGAUCAUAGUGAGUGAGGAGGAGAGCAGCAGCCACUGGCAGCAGAAUGACUACAAGGGCUUCUCCCCCGCCACUGACUGGGACACGGUGGACUUCAAGUCGGCCCCAGCCAUCCAGGAGCUGCCCAUCCAGUCGGCCAUCACCCAGCCAGCGGAGGGAGCCGUGGUGGAACGCAGCGCAGAGGAGGUGACGGUGAAGGGCUACGCCUGGAGCGGGGGCGGACGGGAGGUUGUGCGUGUCGAUGUGUCUCUGGACGGGGGGCAGACCUGGCAGGUGGCGCAGCUACAGAGCAGUGAGAAGGGGCAGGUCCCGGCCCCCUCGCCCCCACCCGGCAGAGCCUGGGCCUGGAAGCUGUGGGAGCUGACAGCCCCGCUGCCCCCCGCGGCCCAGGAGCUGGAGAUUGUGUGCAAGGCGGUGGACAACAGCUACAACAUGCAGCCAGACUCAGUGGCGCCUAUCUGGAACCUGAGGGGAGUGCUGAGUAACGCCUGGCACAGGGUGAAAGUCACAGUCAAGGAGGAUGAGGAAAAGGAAGAAGAGUAGAAACUGUUGUGAUCUAGGGGGUUGUGUUCAAGUCUUAAAGAGUAUAGAGGGAAACGGAUGAUGAUGUUUUAACCUGGCCCUCUCCAGACAGACGACGUCAAACCCACUCAAGCUCAGUGGGGGAACUGACCGUACCACAGGUGCUGUGUGUGUGUGAUGCCCUGACACUAAAGACCCCUCUGUUGUCUUGUUGCACAGCAAAACAGAUAAUUCUGUUCAGUGGAGAUGGAAAAAUGUAAAUAGGCAUUCAUCUGUGCGUAGCCAAUGUUGAGCGCUUAAAGAACAUUAUGUGGCCAGUUGGGUUAAAAAGAAUCCCAAACGCACCACAAAACAAGAUAACAGUAACAAAUCUGUUGGUGUCAACAGUUGCUCAAGGACAAGCAAAAAACGCCUUGCCAGUGCAGUCCUUUUCAUAUCCUGAAAUCUAUUCACUAACCUCUUUGGCUUUGAUGACAAGCUUGCUUCCAUUUCAUGAUUUUAUAUGGGUGUCAUUUGCUGGAUCCAGAGAAUAUUCUAAUUCUUUGAUUUGCAUUGUCUUAACUCAUAUUGAUUAUAGCUAUUGAUAAAUUGUCUAUCAUAUUACUAAUUAUUCAUUGUGUAAGAUCAAAAGCACUUAGAUCUUGUAAGUUUCAGCUAGUGUUAGCUGCUGCAUUAAGCAAGGUACUACAUUGUUUAGAUUUUCACAAAAUAAAGUUCUCAGUUAUAUUUUUUAGAUAAAUUGUUUUGCACACAAUGUAUGCAUUUAAAUGAAUCAGCGAUGCUACUUUUGAAAUGUAUUUUUUCCCACUGUCAAGUGUGAUAAAACAUAUUUUCUCCA